GAAACCUUGAAGAAAAAGUGGCUCUGUCUUCAAAAAAGUGACCUGACCUUUGCUUUGGGGAAAGGCUCUAGGGCGGCAGAUAAGGCUGUUGCCAUGGUGAUGAAGGAGAUACCGAGGGAGGAGUCUGCAGAGGAAAAGCCCCUCCUUACUAUGACAUCACAGCUGGUGAAUGAGCAACAAGAAAGCAGACCCCUCUUGAGCCCCUCCAUUGAUGACUUUCUCUGUGAAACCAAACCAGAAGCCAUUGCCAGACCAGUAACAUCAAAUACAGCUGUAUUAUCAACCGGUCUGGAUCUCUUGGAUCUGAGUGAACCUGUCUUACAAACCCAAAGCAAGACAAAGAAGUCAGAGAAUGCAUCAAGAGGUGAAAACUUAAAGGCUUCAACCCACAGAAAGAAGACAGACAACUCAGACCUUAUAAAUGUGGAUGCUGAGCAGAAGGUCCAGAUUGGGAGAGCGCCAGAGAAGUCAUCAUUAGAUUUAGUAAAUAUUCAGACACAGCUCGAGAAAUGGGAUGAAGUGAAGUUUCAUGGAGAGAGGAACGGCAAGGGUCAUUCAGCUAUAGAACGAAAAUCUUCAUCAUCUAGAGCUCCAUCAAAAGAGCUUUUAUGGUCUACAGAGAACAGAUCGCAGUCUGAGCUGACUAGUGUCAAAAGUGCCUUGGAGUCCAAUUCAGCAUCAGAUUUAGAAUUAGUACCUGCAACACAGGCACGAUCAACCAAAGAGCAGCGUUGGGGAGGUUCACUCCUCUCCAGAAAUCAUUCCUUGGAGGAGGAAUUUGAAAGAGCAAAGGCAGCUGUUGAGUCAGACACAGAGUUUUGGGAUAAGAUGCAAGCUGAAUGGGAAGAAAUGGCUCAGAGAAACUGGAUUUCAGAGAACCAAGAAGCGCGUGGCCAAGUAACUGUCUCGACCAGUGAGAAGGGCUAUUAUUUUCAUACCGAAAACCCUUUCAGAGACUGGCCUGGUGCGUUUGAGGAAGGACUGAAAAAACUGAAAGAAGGAGACCUGCCCCUCACUAUCUUAUACAUGGAGGCUGCCAUUCUACAAGACCCCAGUGAUGCAGAGGCCUGGCAGUUUCUUGGUAUAACACAGGCAGAGAAUGAAAAUGAGCAGGGAGCUAUUGUCGCCCUCCAAAGGUGCUUGCAGCUACAGCCAAACAACUUAAAAGCUCUGAUGGCCUUGGCUGUGAGCUACACUAAUACUGGCCAUCAACAGGAAGCCUGUGAAGCUUUAAGAAACUGGAUAAAGCAAAACCCAAAAUACAAGUAUAUCAUGAAGAGCAAAAGAGGGUCUCCAGCACUUACCAGGAGAAAGUCUGAGCCAUCAAAAGAAAGUUCAUUACUCGAAGAAGUAAAGGAAGUGUACCUGGAGGCAGCUCACCAGAAUGGUGAGAUGAUAGACCCUGACUUGCAAACAGGACUUGGAGUGCUUUUCCAUCUGAACAGAGAAUUUAACAGAGCAAUAGACGCAUUUAAUGCUGCCUUAACUGUUCGGCCAGAGGACUAUUCAUUAUGGAACCGCCUUGGAGCAACCUUGGCAAAUGGGGAUCGAAGUGAGGAAGCUGUGGAGGCAUAUACUAGAGCUUUAGAAAUUCAGCCAGGCUUCAUUAGGUCCAGAUACAAUUUGGGAAUAAGCUGCAUCAACCUAGGAGCUUACAGAGAGGCUGUCAGCAAUUUUCUCACUGCUCUCAGUUUGCAAAGAAAAAGCAGGAAUCAACAGCAGGUUCCCCAGCCGGAAAUUUCAGGCAAUAUCUGGGCAGCUCUCAGAAUCGCUCUAUCUAUGAUGGACCAGCCAGAACUAUUUCAAGCCGCUAAUUUGGGUGAUCUGGAUGUUCUGUUAAGAGCUUUUAACCUAGAGCCAUAA